AUGGUGGCCGCUAUUGAAGCACAGAUGGACUAUCACAUCCUUUUCCUCUCUGACUCCCUGUUACAUGCACAAAGAGAUCUAUUAGAGUUGCACAGUGUCACGGCUUAUCAAGACCUAUUAGAUAGGAUUCUAGCUGAUGAGCAACAGUUGCAAACACUGUACCUUACAACUAUGACUAAGAUAGAGCUUGUGGACUUAGACGACAUUGCUAAGUUCACAUAUCUUCUCCGAUCUCUGAAAGGGAAGCUGCUCAGAGUGGUGCAAGCUCUGAGUAUAACAGUGGCGGACUAUAACGUGGCCCUCAAUUUACUAGAUAGAUAUUAUGGCAAUCAGCAUCAGGCACUGGUCAUGCUACAUCGGUGGUCAGCUAAUAUUUUCGUCCCAAAGUUUAAUAAUAUCAAACUUAGAGAGUUCAGGAUAGAACUCAGUGUGUUGAUUGAGCAGAUUAAACACCUAAGUGGAUCUGCACUGGAUCAAGGCAUGUUGUUAAGCUUGAUAAACCAGAAGUUGUCACAGAGUCAUGUGUAUCAAAAAGUUGUCGAGUAUUUACAUAAGUGCGACUAUAGUUUAGAUGAGUUACUUGAGACAUUGGAUUUCCUUAUAAGAUACUAUGAGGAUGACACGUUGCAAAAGGGGGAAGACCUAUCACGAUCCUCUCAACUGAAAGUUCUAGAAUCUAGCGCCUCUCGAUCAACGUCGUGCCCAUUUUGCAACAUCGAUCAUUCUGCCUUCAGUUGCCAACAAUAUCCAAAAAAGCACCAGCUUGUUUUAGUUCGUAAGUGUUUUAACAGUCUUGCUUCAGGGCACAGCAGCAAACAAUACAGCAGCAAGAGAAACUACAAGAUAAGCAAUGGACGGCAUCACAGCCUCAUAUGUGAAAGCAGCAGCAACAAGUCAAAGUUAGGUCCAUCCCCGCACCAAAUUCCUUAUUUCCAACUCGUGGUCAAUCUCCUACUUAUAUCACAACAAAACCCAUUAGAAACCUAA